AUAUGAACACAUUCUUGGUUUGUGGGAGUUGUAGUUCAGCUGGAUCCCAGUUUCAGUUUCGAUUGUUCAUGUCUUAACAAAAUAGGAAGGAAUCGAAACUUACAGAUAAUAAAACCAGCUGAAUCGAAACAGAGCUUUGACAUUCGCGGAUCCGGCAGCAGAAUGUCAUUUCUCAUGGAAGCUGGAAACUACGUUGCUAAGCUGAACGAGUUUGCACAGAAAUCCGGCUUGGUGGUGCGCUAUGAAGAACUGGACUCAGAUGGUCCCGAUCAUGACAAAAGGUUCACCCAGAGGGCAAUUCUGAAUGGUAAACCCUAUCCCAGUGGUGCAGGGAAGACGAAGAAGGAAGCCAAGCAGAAUGCAGCUCAAAGAGCUCUGCAGUGUUUGUUUAAGGAUGAACACCAGGACUCAGUUGACUCAACAGAAAAUACAUCAGAAACGUCGGCAUCAGUUCAGCAGAAAAGCAUCAACUACAUAUGUUGGCUCAACGAAUAUGGCCAGAAGAAUGGACUGAAUGUAAAGGCUGUGCAGUCAACCAGACCCGGUCCAAAUAAUGCUAUCCCAUGCUGCAGCUUCAUAGUUGGUGGUAAGGAGUAUCCAGAGGUGUGUGGGAAAUCAAAGAGGGAAGCGAAGGAGGAAGCAGCCAAGCUGGUUUAUGAUUGCAUACAUGGCAAUAGAACUACAGAGCCUGCAGAUGAAAACUGCAACAAUAAUCCUGGUCAACAAAAUGAGGAAUUCAGUCAAAGUGUUUCUGAUAUCUGUGAUGGGACAAGACAGCUGAGUGUGAAGUCUUUAAACAACAGCUUUACAGAGACUAAUUUCAUAGGACUUGUUAAUAGCUACUGCCAGAAAACCAACCGCCCCCACACUUUUAUGGAAGCUGGGAGAUCUGGCCCAUCUCAUAACCUCAAAUUUUUCUACAAAUUGGUGAUCGACCAAAAGGACUACCCUGUUGGUGAGGGUAAAAGUGUCAAGGAGGCCAGACAAAAUGCAGCCCAGCUGGCCUGGGGGGCUCUUCAGGAACAAUCAGACUAUGACAGCAAAGUGUCUGUCACGUCAGAAGCGUCAGAUGAUGGAGCAUCAUCUGUAUCGUCAGCACCUCCAACUACACAGGACUCCAACGAAUCAUCAUCACAAAACAUGCACACAAGUGCAAGUGACUCAAUAGUCUUCAUUGAUUCAUCAAAUCCCUGCAGGGGCCAGGUUUCUAUCAGUUUGUCUGAGUCAGGAAAAAGUGCACCAGCCAGGUUCUCAACACCAACUUCACAAGAGUCUGUUGAGCCAUCAGCACAGAGUCUGAAAACAGAUACUGGUGACUGGGUAAUAUCUGCAGAUCCAUCAACCCCUUCCAAGGAUCAGAAUGCUGUCACAACCAAGAGUGUGGAAAAUGGCGUAAAUAAUGCAACAAUCCAGUCAAGAUUUAUGUUAGACUACGAUUCCAAACAGCGCCUUGGCAAAGGAGGAUUUGGUCGUGUUUACAAAGCAAGACAAAUACUGGUGGACAAGUGGUACGCUGUGAAGAUUGUUCGUGGUAAACAAAAGGCUCUGCGAGAGGUGAGGGCAUUAUCAGACCUCCGUCACAGCAACAUUGUUAGAUACUACGAUUGUUGGAUGGAGGAUUCAGACUACACAGACAACAGCUACUGCGACUCGCAAUCUAACAGUAGUUCAUCCCCACAGUACCUCUACAUUAAGAUGGAGUUAUGUGACUCCAAAACGCUUAAAAAGUGGAUAAAAGAGGAGAACAAGAAAGCGCUGCAAAACCCCAAGAGAAAGGAAGAAAGUCUGCUGAUUAUGCAGCAAAUAGUCAGUGGAGUCGAGUACAUUCACUCAAAGAGACUCAUCCACAGGGACCUUAAGCCUUCCAACAUCAUGUUUGGGCUGGAUGGGAAAAAAGUGAAGAUUGGUGACUUUGGUCUGGUUACUGAUGACAGUGGAGAACUGAUGAAGAGAACUCCGAACAAAGGAACCCCAAAUUACAUGGCUCCUGAGCAGAAGGCUAACAAGCCUUAUGACAGAAAGGUUGAUAUAUUUCCUUUGGGGCUGAUCUACUUUGAGCUUCUUUGGAAAAUCUCCACAUAUCAUGAGAGAGAUGGGAUUUGGAAGCACGUCAGAGAAGGAAAAGUUCCACAAGAGUUUGCACACAGAUUUACUGAAGAGCACCUCAUCAUCAUGAAACUGCUGAGUGUGGAGCCACAAGACCGACCUGAAGCUAGUAAGGUCAAGACGGACCUGGAAGAGUUUAGCCACAAACUCAUCCUUCAAAAAACUGAGCAGCGUAAAAACAAGACUGCAUGAAUAACAAGCACAGCAAAAAUGGUCAGGGUAUCCAACAACAAUCCAUUCUGUAUCACAUCCUAUGAAUCCACUUUGAAGGUGGUCUGCUAUGUUUCUCAGAAGAAUAUCUACGGGUUAUUUAAUAUUCUUGACCUUCUCAAUCAUGCAUUUGUGAUAUUUUAGACUGUUUUUAAACCAUGUCAACCUAUGAUAAAGUACUGAAUAAGGACUCAUUCCACA